AUGCAUUCGGGAUUCAGGAAAAGAGUGAAACUCAGACUUAAUAAAUUUAAAAAAUGGGGCCAUGAUCACAACAAUAACAACACCAUUAAAAACAACAACAACAAUAAUAAUAAUAAUAAUAAUAGUAAUAGUAAUAGCAAUAACAAUAACAAUAACAACAAUAACAACAGUAACAGUAAUAGUUAUGAUAUCAGUAAAAUCACUAAUGACAAUAAUGAAUAUAACUACCAUAAUAGCAAUAAUAAUAAUAAUAAUCAGAAUAAUGACACUAAUGAUAUUAAUGAUAAUACCAUCACAUCAAUUACAACAUAUGGUUAUGAUAAUACCGUCACACCAGUUACAACAUAUGGUGAUGAUAAUAAAGAACAACAAAUCCAAAUUCUUCAUCAACUAGUACAUCCACGAGAACAACUAGUAGAGCAUCAACGCCAACAAAUGGAUGCACUACUUUUGCAAAUUAAGGAAUUAAAAUUGCAACAUAAAACAAAUAGUCAAAUUCUCGAGGAUCCGCAUUCACUAGAACAAACAAAUAGAACCUUCUCAGAAUUAAUUAAAGAACAAAAAGAUUUAGAGCAACAAAGAAUGGUGUUACGUCAACAACGAAGAGAAUUAGUGGAACAACAUAAAAUAACUUUACUUCAACUCAUAGGAUUGCAUAAACGAUUUAUGCAAUUGCUAAACCGAACUUAG